AUGCGUCGCGAAGGUCUCGCCGUUGGCAGUGGAAACGUAAACAUUUCUAUUAUUGCCGAUGUGACCUCAGGGCUCGGUGAUAAUGAUAUCGGGAGGGUAGCGGCGGCGCGGAACGGGGAGAGACGCGCGCGCACCAUGCUAGCAAGUAUCAAGGGCUUUUGGAAGGUGUGCCGCUAUGGAGACCUAUACAUGGUGUUGGCGGCCCUCGCUGCGCAGUCCAUCAACAUAUCGGUGGGUUUCUGCCAGGGCUUCUCCGCGGUACUGCUCCCACAGUACACGCAUGAAUAUCCUAGCGCGUCUUACGAACAGACUUCUUGGAUCGCGAGUUUAGGUGUAAUAUCGAAUCCUAUCGGAGCGUUACUGGGCGGCAUGAUGGUGGACGCAGUUGGGCGGCGUCUGCUCCUGCAGUCUAUUGUGCUGCCAAAUCUGAUAGGAUGGCUCGUGAUCGCCUUCUCUGAGACGUACGUCUUUCUGUGCGUGGGCAGGUUUAUCACUGGCUUUACUAUAGGUAUGUCCACAGCAUCUUACAUAUACGUGGCAGAAAUAACCACGCCUGAAAAACGGGGAGUCCUCAGUGCCAUAGGACCAGGAUUGGUUUCUACGGGAAUAUUUAUAGUUUAUUUCUUGGGAGCUUUUAUACAUUGGCGUAAAGUUGCCGCAAUUUGCGCUGGAGUUUCAUUGUUAACUCCAUUUUUAAUGUACUUCGUUCCCGAAUCUCCUUUAUGGCUAGCAUCGAAGGGUCAGAUGAAGGAAGCUUACAACGCGAUGUUUUGGUUACGUCAAAAUAACAACACAGCACAAACCGAACUUAUGGAGUUUACUAAAGACCGAAAAUUGGAUGAGAAUAUGACAUUUAGACAGAAACUUUUACUGUUCAAACGUAAAAGCGUCUUAAAACCCUUCGCGUUGCUGAUAGUCUUCUUCAUGUUCCAAGAAAUGUCGGGGAUUUAUAUUAUUUUGUACUACGCGGUGGACUUUUUCAAAUCCGUUGGCACAAGUGUGAACGAGUUCACAGCAUCCAUCAUAGUGGGGGGCGUGAGAGUAUUCAUGGGAGCGAUCGGGGCUGGUUUGAUUAACAGUUUCAGACGAAAGACUUUAGCCGCCACUUCAGGUCUUUUACUAGGUAUCGCGAUGUUAGGCGCCGCGGUUUGCGACAGUUUGAAUGGGCCGCCUUUGAUGAAACUCGCGUGUAUUUUACUUCACGUGUCUUUUAGUAUGGUGGGCUUCUUGCAAUUACCCUGGAUUAUGUCAGGGGAGUUGUAUCCUCAAGACAUACGCGGAGUAAUGUCGGGGGCGACAUCAUGUUGUGCAUAUGUCCUCAUAUUUUUCAACAUCAAAACCUAUCCUCAGCUAGAAAAAUUACUAACGAGUAACGGAACGUUAUAUCUUUUCGCAAUAUGCGCGAUUUUAGGGGCCGUGUAUUGUAUGCUUUUCUUACCGGAAACAAAAGGAAAGACGCUAACGGAAAUUAUGAAGCAAUUCGAUGAGGAUAAGAAAGAUAACGACCCAGAAGCGGGUUACGCGAAACAAAUAACGGAAAAACCCGUUCAAAGACGACAUAGCGCUAGCGCUGCAGUCUCGUUGGAAAAAAGCAAAGAAUUUGCAAAACAAUGCGUAGUAAGUUGCGAAAAGAAUCAA